AAGUUUUUGAUGACCAAUGAAAAUAUAGUCCUUAAUUUAAUUUUAAUUAUAUUUUAGUGAUUUCUUAAAUAGAAAUUAGAAAUAUAUUGAUAAAAUGAUUACCCUAAAUCAGCCUGAAGUUAAACAUUUAUAAGUUAUCUGUUUUUUAUUAAUUUUGGAGAUUCUGAAGAAUUGUUUAACAAUGAGUUAUUUUACUUUAGUUGGUGGUGACGCGAAUUCUGGACUUUCUGAGGCAUUUACUCUGGAAAUUGGACCAUUUGAAGCUGUACACCGAUGGAAGUCAUUACCUGAAUGUGAUGAAUUUGUUGGAGCUAGGCGAAGUAAGCAUACCAUGGUUGCUUAUAACGAUGCUAUUUAUGUAUUUGGAGGAGACAAUGGAAAAAGUAUGCUAAAUGAUUUGUUGCGAUUUGAUGUCAAAGAAAAAAGUUGGGGAAGGGCCUUUGCAACAGGUGCUCCACCAGAUCGAAGAUACCAUCACUCUGCUGUUGUUUAUAACGAUUCCAUGUUUGUAUUUGGCGGUUAUACCGGGGAUAUUCAUUCAAACUCAAAUUUGGCAAACAAAAAUGAUUUGCAUGAAUAUAAAUUUAAAACUGGUCAAUGGCUAGAAUGGAGAUUUACUGGCAAAAUGCCUGUGCCUAGGUCUGCUCAUGGAGCAGCUGUGUAUGAUGAUAAACUUUGGAUUUUUGCUGGAUAUGAUGGCAAUGCUAGAUUAAAUGAUAUGUGGACUGUUUCAUUAACUUUGGGUGACAGACAAUGGGAAGAAGUAACUCAAAAAGGUGAAUGCCCACCAACUUGUUGCAAUUUUCCUGUUGCAGUGGCCAGGGAGUGUAUGUUUGUUUUUAGCGGUCAGAGUGGAGCAAAAAUUACAAAUUCUCUAUUUCAAUUUAGCUUUAAAGAGAAGGUCUGGACUAGAAUAUCAACUGAGAAAAUACUGAGAGGCGCCCCACCUCCUCCUGCUAGAAGAUAUGGUCAUACCAUGGUUUCCUUUGACAGACACUUGUAUGUCUUUGGAGGUGCAGCUGAUGCAACUCUAUCAAACGAUUUGCACUGUUUUGACUUAGAUUCUCAAACCUGGAGUAUUGUUCUGCCUGAUCCAGAAUCACAUGCACCUUCUGGAAGGCUUUUUCAUGCAGCUGCAGUUGUCAAUGAUGCAAUGUUUAUCUUUGGUGGAACAGUGGAUAACAAUGUACGUAGUGGAGAGAUGUACAGAUUUCAGUUUGCAAGUUACCCAAAAUGUACUUUACAUGAGGAUUACGGAAAGUUAUUGAACAAGGAGGAAUUCAAGAGGUACAAUGACAUCUGUUUUGUAGUGGGAGAGAGAGAGGAAAAGAUCUAUUGCCACAUUCCUAUAGUGGCAGCACGUUCGGCUUAUUUGAGAGAUAAAAUCAGACAAGCUAAGUUAGCUGCAGCCAAACUGAAGUCAGCUGCAGAGAAAGCCAGCGACGAAACAUUGAUCGGCCAAGAAGAGCAGCAAUUUUUGGAAGUCUUACUUCCUAAAGCAAAUUGUGAUGCUUUUAAAAUGGUUUUAGAUUAUAUUUAUACUGAUUAUAUUGACCCGUCAAAAUAUAUUACCAAAGAUGAAACAGAUCCAGAAAAAACUAUUCUAAUAAGGGUUAUGGAUGUUUACCAGCUUGCUGAAGAAUUCAAGAUGAUGCGAUUAGAACAUUUAUGCGUGCAAUUUCUAAACACCACAAUUUGUUUAAACAAUAUAGUGGAGGCGUUGAAGAACGCCGACAAACUAAAGCUCGAAUUUAUUAAAGAACAAUGCCUGAAAUUCAUAGUGAAGGAGACGAAUUUUAAUCAUAUAAUCAUGAGUGCGGAGUUUGAGACGCUGGACAGCAAGCUGAUGGUUCAGAUCAUUCGUAGGAAACAGAUACCUCCUAAGAAGACUUCUCACGAGACCGUUUUUGAUCUAGCCAGAAAUUCACUAGAAUUCGAUAUGGAACGAUUUCUGCUGGUUACCGGCAAAGAAUUUUGCGAUGUAGAUUUAAUUUUGGAGAACCAAGUCAUUCCAGCUCAUAAAGCAGUUCUUGUGGCCAGGUCUGGCUACUUUGAGGGCAGGUUUAGAUCGUAUAUGCCCAACGAAAGUGACAAGAUUGUUAACAUAAAAAUCGGCGAGUUGACACCUUCGAGAAAAUCCUUUGACACCCUCCUCCGCUACAUCUACUAUGGAGACACCAAAAUGCCCCCCGAAGACUCCCUGUAUCUGUUCGCGUCCGCGUUCUUCUUUAACUUCUCCAACAUCCGUUUGCAAGCGUUCUGCAAGCAAAACCUCGAAAGGAACGUCACUCCGGAAACGGUGCUGGAAGUCCUGGAAGCGGCACACACUAUCCAGGCCACCGACAUGAAGAAGUACACGUUGGACUUCAUCGCGAUGAAUUUCACCAAGGUGGUGAACCAGCCGAGGUUUGCCAUGCUGGACAAGGCUUUGAUGUUGGACUUGUUGUACGCACUGGCGGAUUGUAUGGGUGGUAACGUCAACACCGACCCAUGACCACAGACGGGUUUCUAACAGAUCAGGCAUUUGCUACGGUAUUUUUUAUAUAUUACGUGCUUGAUUUGUUGUGUGAUAAUGAAAUCCACUCUUGGCUACUAAAAUUCCUCGCUGUCGUCAGUGAGAAAUGAUUAUCUGGAUGAAUGAAUCUCUCUAUAUCUCCCCGCUCUCUGUUUCUAGUAUUUGUCACUUUGAAUAUGCCAAUAAACGUUUAGACAUUGAAGUUAUUUGAGGUUAGUUAGAGAGAGGUUAUAAUUUGGUUUGAUUUUUAAGUCUACGUCUUCAUUUCGCUACCACAGCUAAUCUGAAACUUGAUUUUGAAUCAAAUUGAUCGUCGAAGUUCAAACAUCUUUAACGUCGCCUAACUUUGACCAAGGAAGGAAUUUUAAAAUAACAAGGGACCGUUUUUUAUUUGACUUGAUGGAAGUUAUGUCAAAAAGUUUAUAUUGAUGUUUUGCAUUGCAUUAAUAAUAUGCAAUAUAUGUUACAAAUAAAUGAUAUAAAAAUAAAUGUAUGCUGUCGAUGUCAAUCAAAACGUAAUUUUGUUAUAUGUAAGAUUAACACCAAGCAAGAUAUAUUAUGUAUUACAUUAUGGUUUUAUAUAAAUGCAGAGUUUAUCAUAGAGUGUGCCAGAAAGUUUGUAACAAAUGAAAAAAAAUUGUUAUUGAGUUAUUGAAAAAAAAUAUGUGGAAUUUCUUGAGGAUGUUUUAGGCUGUAUUCCGUUGCAAAAACCGACCAAACCAACCAAAACCAGGCGAACCAGACCGUAAAGAGCGGUUCAACGGCAAACUACGGUACCAGGCAAACUACGGUAAAGAGCGGUUCCUGAAAACAUCGGUUUGGUAAAAUAUUGUAAACGUCAAAUCUAUUAUAAAAUUUAUCUCUUAUGCAUUUUUAA